AUGGAGGGGCUGCCGGUGGGGAUGUGCUGGCAUGUUCGCUCUCGUGGGCGCGCCCUUGCUUGGAUGGAGGGGCUUUCGACUUGGACUUGGCUCGAGGACGGGGGUCUGGUGCAGGGUAGCUACGGCUGCCGUGGCAUUUGGGCCGCGACUAUGCGAUGCGGGUGUCAAUGGGUGUAG